ACUACCAGCCGCAACGAUGGGCUGGUGGUAGCCGCCACUGCGGGCGGUUAGACCGAGCCGAGUCGCGACGCAGUAGGCUAGACAAGCCUUAUUGCUAACAAAAUGGCCACGUCCGACUCGAAAGCUCCGAUAAGGACCGUUAAAAGAGUGCAAUUUGGUAUUCUUUCUCCAGAUGAAAUCCGCCGUAUGUCUGUCACCGAGGGUGGCAUCAAAUUUCCUGAAACGAUGGAAGGAGGCCGCCCAAAACUCGGUGGUCUUAUGGACCCGCGGCAGGGUGUCAUCGACAGGAAUUCACGAUGUCAAACUUGCGCUGGUAACAUGACAGAGUGUGCUGGUCAUUUUGGACACAUUGAUCUAGCUAAGCCGGUAUUUCAUGUUGGAUUUAUCACUAAAACAAUUAAAAUAUUACGGUGUGUAUGUUUCUACUGUUCAAAAUUACUUGUAAAUCCUCACAAUCCCAAAAUCAAGGAGAUUGUCAUGAAAAGUAAAGGCCAGCCUCGUAAGAGGCUUACGUUCGUCUACGAUUUGUGUAAAAGUAAAAAUAUUUGUGAAGGAGGAGAUGAAAUGGAUAUCAACAAAGAUGGUAUCGAAGCACCACCACCUGGAAGCAAACAAGGGCACGGUGGAUGUGGUAGAUACCAACCAACGUUACGUAGAACUGGACUAGACAUAAGUGCCGAGUGGAAGCACGUCAACGAAGAUUCGCAGGAAAAAAAAAUUGUUUUAACAGCCGAACGUGCUUGGGAAAUUCUCAAGCACAUCGUUGACGAGGAGUCAUUUAUACUUGGAAUGGAUCCAAAAUUCGCAAGACCCGAUUGGAUGAUAGUCACAGUCUUACCAGUUCCUCCACUGUCAGUAAGACCGGCUGUCAUCAUGUACGGGUCUGCUAAAAACCAAGACGAUUUAACUCACAAGUUGGCUGACAUCAUCAAGGCCAAUAACGAGUUGUUGCGUAAUGAGCAAGCUGGUGCAGCUACACAUGUAAUCUCCGAGAAUAUUAAAAUGCUGCAGUUUCACGUGGCGACUCUCGUUGACAAUGACAUGCCGGGGAUGCCAAAAGCUAUGCAGAAGUCUGGUAAACCCUUAAAAGCCAUCAAAGCAAGACUGAAAGGUAAGGAAGGUCGUAUACGUGGUAACCUUAUGGGUAAACGUGUUGACUUCUCAGCCCGUACUGUUAUCACGCCCGAUCCAAAUUUACGUAUUGACCAGGUCGGUGUACCCCGUAGUAUUGCUCAAAAUUUAACAUUCCCGGAAAUAGUUACUCCAUUUAAUAUUGACAAAAUGCAGGAACUAGUACAGCGUGGAAAUUCACAGUAUCCUGGUGCCAAGUAUAUCGUACGAGACAAUGGUGAGCGUAUUGACUUGAGGUACCAUCCAAAACCAUCAGAUUUACAUUUACAGUGUGGGUACCGUGUUGAGAGGCACAUUCGAGAUGGUGAUUUAGUUAUUUUCAACCGACAACCCACUCUGCACAAAAUGAGUAUGAUGGGCCAUCGUGUCAAAGUCUUACCUUGGAGUACAUUCCGUAUGAAUUUAAGUUGCACGUCACCUUACAACGCUGAUUUUGAUGGUGAUGAAAUGAAUCUUCACGUUCCGCAGUCUAUGGAGACACGAGCUGAAGUUGAGAAUAUUCACGUGACACCACGUCAAAUUAUUACUCCACAAGCAAACAAACCCGUCAUGGGUAUUGUACAGGACACGCUCACGGCCGUCAGAAAAAUGACUAAACGUGAUGUUUUUAUUGAGAAAGAACAGAUGAUGAAUAUACUGAUGUUUUUACCAAGCUGGGAUGGUAAAAUGCCACAGCCGUGUAUUUUAAAACCUAAACCUCUCUGGACUGGUAAACAAAUAUUCUCCCUUAUUAUUCCUGGUAAUGUCAAUAUGAUCCGAACUCACAGUACCCAUCCAGAUGAAGAGGAUGAAGGUCCGUACAAAUGGAUUUCUCCAGGAGACACCAAAGUAAUGGUAGAACACGGAGAACUAGUUAUGGGUAUUUUGUGUAAGAAAACCCUGGGUACAUCUGCCGGUUCAUUGCUUCAUAUUUGUAUGUUGGAGUUGGGUCACGAAGUGUGCGGUAGAUUUUAUGGUAACAUCCAGACUGUAAUCAACACUUGGUUAUUACUUGAAGGUCACUCGAUUGGUAUUGGAGACACCAUUGCCGAUCCGAUGACUUAUUUGGAAAUCCAGAAGGCUAUUAAGAAAGCCAAAGAGGAUGUAAUAGAAGUAAUUCAGAAAGCCCACAACAUGGAACUGGAGCCGACACCUGGUAAUACACUGCGACAGACUUUCGAGAAUCAGGUAAACAGAAUUUUGAACGACGCUCGUGACAAAACUGGAGGUUCUGCUAAGAAAUCCUUGACUGAGUACAAUAACUUGAAGGCUAUGGUAGUAUCGGGAUCCAAGGGAUCUAACAUUAACAUUUCUCAGGUUAUUGCUUGUGUAGGUCAACAGAACGUCGAGGGUAAACGUAUUCCAUUUGGUUUCCGAAAACGUACUCUGCCGCAUUUCAUAAAAGACGAUUACGGUCCCGAGUCUCGAGGCUUCGUUGAGAACUCAUAUCUUGCUGGUCUUACUCCUUCGGAAUUUUAUUUCCACGCUAUGGGAGGUCGUGAAGGUCUUAUCGAUACUGCUGUAAAAACUGCUGAGACUGGAUACAUUCAACGUCGUUUGAUAAAGGCUAUGGAGUCUGUAAUGGUACACUACGACGGCACAGUAAGAAAUUCUGUCGGUCAAUUGAUCCAGUUGCGUUACGGAGAAGAUGGUUUGUGUGGAGAGACAGUUGAGUUCCAGAAUCUACCGACGAUUAAAUUGAGUAACAAAGCAUUUGAGAAAAAGUUUAAAUUUGAUCCCAGCAAUGAAAGAUAUCUCAGACGAAUAUUUUCUGAGGAUAUUGUAAGAGAAAUGAUGGGGUCUGGAGAAGUUAUCUCUGAGCUUGAACGUGAAUGGGAUCAAUUGUCCAGGGAUCGUGCUAAUCUACGUGAAAUUUUCCCCAGCGGUGAGUCAAAAGUUGUAUUACCUUGUAAUCUACAGAGAAUGAUCUGGAACGUACAGAAAAUUUUCCAUAUCAACAAACGAGCGCCCACUGAUCUCAGUCCUAUGAGAGUUAUUCAAGGUGUCAAAGACUUACUGGAGAAGUGCAUUAUUGUAGCUGGUGAAGAUCGUUUGAGCAAACAAGCCAACGAAAAUGCUACGUUGCUUUUCCGUUGUCUUGUACGUUCAACUCUGUGCACAAAAUGCGUGUCCGAAGAAUUCCGAUUGUCAAGUGAGGCCUUUGAAUGGUUGAUUGGAGAAAUAGAAACACGGUUCCAACAAGCUCAAGUGUCACCCGGUGAAAUGGUCGGUGCACUGGCUGCUCAAUCACUUGGUGAACCUGCAACUCAGAUGACACUGAAUACUUUCCAUUUUGCUGGUGUAUCAUCAAAGAACGUAACUCUUGGUGUCCCUCGAUUGAAAGAAAUUAUUAACAUCAGUAAACGGCCAAAAGCUCCCUCGCUAACUGUAUUUUUAACUGGCGCAGCUGCUAGAGAUGCUGAGAAAGCAAAAAAUGUACUUUGUCGUCUUGAGCACACGACCUUGAGAAAGGUAACAGCCAACACAGCCAUUUACUAUGACCCAGAUCCACAAAAUACCGUGAUCGCUGAAGAUCAAGAGUUUGUAAAUGUUUACUACGAAAUGCCUGACUUUGAUCCGACUAAAAUAUCACCGUGGCUACUUCGUAUCGAGUUGGAUCGCAAGAGAAUGACUGAUAAAAAAUUAACUAUGGAACAAAUUGCUGAAAAAAUAAACGUUGGUUUUGGUGAUGAUCUUAAUUGUAUAUUUAAUGAUGACAAUGCUGAGAAAUUAGUUUUACGAAUAAGAAUAAUGAACAGUGAUGACAAUAAAUUCCAAGAUGCUGACGAGGAGAGCGUUGAUAAAAUGGAGGAUGAUAUGUUCUUACGUUGUAUCGAAGCAAAUAUGCUUAGUGAUAUGACACUUCAAGGUAUUGAAGCUAUUGGCAAAGUAUACAUGCAUUUACCCCAAACAGACGCCAAGAAACGUAUUAUUGUAACAGAUACAGGGGAAUUUAAAGCCAUAGCUGAGUGGUUGCUGGAAACAGAUGGUACGAGUUUGAUGAAAGUACUGAGUGAGCGUGAUGUCGAUCCUGUUAGGACAUUCUCGAACGAUAUUUGUGAAAUAUUCCAAGUGUUGGGUAUUGAGGCUGUACGUAAAUCUGUUGAAAAAGAAAUGAACGCUGUGUUGCAAUUCUACGGUCUGUAUGUAAACUACCGUCACUUGGCGUUGCUUUGUGAUGUAAUGACUGCCAAAGGACACUUGAUGGCUAUUACACGUCACGGUAUCAACAGACAGGACACUGGUGCGCUUAUGAGAUGUUCAUUUGAGGAAACUGUUGAUGUACUGCUCGAUGCAGCUUCUCAUGCUGAGGUCGACCCAAUGAGAGGUGUGUCAGAGAACAUUAUUAUGGGACAAUUACCACGUAUUGGUACAGGAUGCUUUGAUUUACUGCUCGACGCUGAAAAAUGUAAGCAGGGUAUUGAAAUUCCGUCGGUUGUGGGUGCGAGUGUCAUGGGUGGAGCUGGCAUGUUCUUUGGAAGCGCUGCUACGCCGAGUAUGAGUCCACAGAUGACUCCUUGGAACCAAAUGGGAGCCACUCCUGGCUACGGUGCAUCUGCCAUGUCUCCGGCUUUAGGAAGUGGUAUGACACCUGGAGGAGCUUGCUUCUCACCAUCUGGUGCUUCGGACGCAUCAGGUUUAUCACCAGCGUACUCGGCGUACUCACCACAACCUGGCAGUCCUGGAAGUCCAGGUCCAAGUAUGAGUCCUUACCCAAUGUCACCAGCAGGCGGUGCAUCGCCCAGUUACUCACCAACUUCACCGGCAUAUUUACCAACGUCUCCAAGUAUGACUCCGUCGAGUCCUAACUACUCUCCAACUAGUCCGACGUACUCGCCGACUAGUCCAAAUUAUUCACCAACGUCUCCCAGCUAUUCUCCAACAAGCCCAGGCUAUUCUCCAGCAAGUCCAAGCUACUCACCAACCAGUCCCAGUUAUUCACCCACAUCUCCAAGCUAUUCACCAACCAGUCCGAGUUAUUCUCCGACAAGUCCCAGCUACUCUCCCACAUCUCCCAGUUAUUCUCCUACCUCACCAAGUUAUUCACCUACAAGUCACAGCUAUUCUCCAACAAGCCCCAGCUAUUCUCCAACAAGUCCUGGGUAUUCGCCAACGAGUCCCAGCUAUUCUCCAACAAGUCCAGGCUAUUCUCCAGCGGGACCAAGUUAUUCACCAACCAGUCCAUCAUAUUCACCAAGCUCGCCCAAUUACACACCUCAAUCACGUUCUUAUUCACCAACAAGUCCCUCAUAUUCACCAAGCUCACCACAAUAUUCACCAGCCAGUCCGAGCUAUUCACCCAGCAGUCCAAAAUAUUCCCCAACGAGUCCAAGUUACUCGCCAACAUCACCAUCAUUUGCUGGCACCUCACCUCAAUACACACCAACGAGUCCAACGUACUCACCCACCAGCCCAACUUACUCCCCGACGAGUCCCUCAUACUCACCGAGCUCACCUCAACACACCGCUGGCGGGAGCACAAGAUAUUCGCCCAGUAGUCCGAACUAUUCGCCCACCAGUCCCACUUAUUCACCCUCAAGUCCACAAUACUCUCCAUCAAGUACAAAAUAUUCUCCCACAAGUCCAACCUACACACCGACAUCUCCAAGCUACUCACCAACCAGCCCAACUUAUUCUCCUCCAGUGCCUGGUUAUUCACCGACAAGUCCAACAUAUUCACCAGCUUCGCCAGCCUACGAGACCGAUGACUAAAGAUAAUACCAUUGAAGUUAGAUAAUAUAUUUUGUUACACUGUUUCCUCAUUUGAUUUAUUUCGAGCUCUCAUUAAUUUCAAUUUUUAAUGUAAGAUACCUGUUUAUUUAGUUUCCUUUACUAUUAAUUAUUUUAUUUACUCUACGAUAUAAUUUUCUUAUUUUAUUAUUAAAUAAGUUCAAGUAUUGUCUUAUCAUAUUAAACAUAAGUCAAUAAUAUAAAUUAUUAUUACUACUAUUACUAUUAUAAUUAUUAUUAUUAUAAUAAUAUAUUAUAAAUAUAAGUAGUUGAUCUUAUAUGACGAUAAAAA